CAUUCCCGCUCCCUCUCAGGGAAGCUCAGUUCAAGUUCACUCUGCUGAUAGUUUUCAACACACCAAAGGACUGCGUACUGGAAACAUGUUUGCAUCAGCUGUGAAUCUCAUUGCUUUGGUAUGUGUGUGCUCUCUCCAUCCUGCUUUUGGACAGGACUGUCCAAACAGGCAGGAAAUCCAAGUUACGCUGAAGCAGGUGCAGAAGCUUUUGUCGGCCCAUGAAGCCUCCUGUUUGCAAAGUCUCCGCAACCUGAGGAAGAAAAUAAAUUUACUUCAGAGCAGUACAGGGAAGCAGACAGCAAAAUCUACAAACAGUAAGCUAAAAUGUACUUGUCCAAAACUCGACGAACCCAUUAAUGGGAGGAAACUUGGCAAAUCCCACAGCGUCGGCCAUGAGGUCCACUUUCUGUGUGACCCCGGGUAUGAAAUUGUGGGAUCAGAAAGCAGAGUUUGUCAAGAAAGCCUCACCUGGACUGGCCAGCAGCCGACAUGUCGAGACUUCAAUGAGUGCGCAUCGUCUCCCUGCCUGAACGGUGGGACGUGUGUGGAUGAGAUGAACCAGUUUUCCUGUGUCUGUGCCAAAGGCUGGGCUGGAGAGACCUGUCAAAGCCCUGUGCCAACAUUCUUCAUCACCACAACAAAUACUUCGGCUGGCUCCACUUUGGGUGCUUCCACCUUACCAGCUGCCACAGCCGGGGCGUACGUUCGUCCGUCACGCUGCACUAUAGUGCAGGGGACCACCCACUGCACCUGUGAGCCAGGAUACACCAUCUCUGGUAGAGACAGCUACAGCUGCACAGAUAUAGAUGAAUGUGAGCUCUUCCAUAACGGACCAGCAGGAAAACUGUGUUUACAUAAGUGUGUUAACACCCCUGGAGGCUAUCGCUGCUCCUGUCCUGCUGGGUAUAAUGUGACUCGUGACGGACGCAGCUGUAAAGAUAUUGAUGAGUGCGCUACCAGGCAGAACAACUGCACAAACGACCAGAUGUGUGUUAACACAUACGGUGGCUUCCAGUGUGUUCGGGUGGACUGCCCCAAAAUCCCUCAUGCAACAUAUGUCAAAACAUCUCCCAUGCGUUGUGAACGUAACCCCUGCCCUUUGGACAACAAAGCCUGUUCUCAGACCCCAACCUCCUUUUCCUACCAUUACCUCGCUGUUGUGUCCAACCUGUCCGCCCCACGCGUCAUGUUCCGGGUCUCAGCCCUGCGCCAAUUGGGCGACACGCUUCGCUUCACCUUACUCGGGGGGCGGCAAGCACGCCGCCACUUCACAGUCCAGCGCUCAGACCGUCAGACGGGUCAGCUGAUGCUAGUGAACCCCGUCCAGGGCCCCACCGCUCUGGAGGCGGAGGUGGAGAUGAGCGAGCUGGAGAGACGGGUCCAGCUGGGAAGGUACAUCACCAAAAUUACCAUGUUUGUUUCCCAGUAUGAAUUCUAAAAAAAAAAAAAAAAAGUGAAAUAAAUAUUUUACAAAGAUUGAGAAGAUUGUAAGUUGAACAGAAAACCAGCGUUCACAUGACGCCAUGCAAGACAUAAUUAAACUGUCUGUCCUGAAUAAAACUACCAAGCAUGCUGUGACGAUACGGGUGAUGAGUGAACGUUGCAUAACUAUUAUUUUGCUGCUUUUUAUUCUGGUUUUAAAACUUGUGUGAUAGGACUUCAUAUUUGUGCCUGGGUGCAGUUAUUAAAUAUCACGUAACCAAUUGAAAGUCUUGCAUUUGUAAAACUUCUUCUUCAAAAAAAAAAAAAAAAAAA